AUGGUUCUUCACAACCCAAACAAUUGGCAUUGGGUAAACAAAGAUGCUUCAACGUGGGCAAAACAAUGGUUGGAGGAUAGUAUAAAGGAGGUGAAAGCAGAGGAGGAUGGUGUUACUGCCCAAUUGGAUAAAUUGAUUAGUAUGGAUGGAGACGUUGAUGUCAAUCAACGAAAGGGAAAGGUCAUUACCAUAUUUGAUGUCAAGCUCGUUAUUGAGUAUUCAGGCAAAACCAAAGAUGAUGAAUCCGUUAGUGGUACCAUCACUGUUCCUGAAGUUGCUCAUGAUACAGAAGUAAAUGAGUAUGUUUUUGACAUAGAUAUUUAUUCCGAUGCCAAUUCCAAAGCCCCAGUCAAGGAUCUUAUUCGUGCAAAAGUUAUUCCACAACUUCGAAAACAAUUCGCUCAAUUAGGUCCUGCUCUUAUUACAGAACAUGGAAAGGACAUUCAGCAUGCACCAGAUGCAAAUCCAGCCGCCAAAAUCACAGCCGCAAAGACAUACCCUCAUAAUGCUCCAGGUCAAUCUACAAGCACAUCUACCAACAAAGGUUCUUCUUUAGUCAACACAACUACUGUCACCGAUAAUGAAGAAUUCAGAGCUCCAGCUUCAGAACUUUAUCAAACAUUUACCGACCCUUCUCGAAUUGCCGCUUUCACACGCGCUGCACCAAAAUUAUUCGAAGGUGCAAAGAAGGGAGGAAAAUUCGAACUUUUCGGAGGAAAUGUUUCUGGUGAAUACCUCGAACUUGUUGAGCCAACAAAAAUCGUACAAAGCUGGAGACUUGAUCAAUGGCCACAAGGACAUUUCUCUAGAUUGGAGAUUAACUUUGAUCAAAAUGAUGUUGAUAAUGUUACGGUUAUGAGAGUUUCUUGGUCUGGUGUUCCAGUCGGUCAAGAAGAGGUUACAAAGAGAAAUUGGAGUGAAUAUUAUGUUAGAAGCAUUAAACAGACUUUUGGCUUCGGCACAAUUUUGUAG